AUGUUGGGAAUGAGUAUUCGAGAGAUUGCAUCAAAGUUAAAAGAUGGUCAUCUUUCUGCUGAAGAGCUGUGUAAAAAGUGUAUUCAGAGAGCCAAGCAGUUAAGAGUGUUAAAUGCCUAUGUAACAGAGACUCAUGAUAUUGCUUUGCAAGAAGGGAAGAAGUCUGAUAGCAGACUCAGGAAAGGCAGAAGUAAAGGUGUUCUAGAUGGUAUACCAAUAGCAGUUAAAGACAAUUUCAGUACUACAAAUAUCAGAACUACAUGUGCAUCAAAUAUUUUAAGAAAUUAUGUUCCUCCCUAUACAGCCACAGUUGUGCAGAGACUAUUAGAUAAUGGUGCUGUGUUAAUGGGUAAAACCAACUUAGAUGAGUUUGCGAUGGGAUCUGGCAGCAUAGAGAGUAUACAUGGACCAGUUAGGAAUCCCUGGAAAUACCCAUAUAAGGAGAAACAUGCUUCACAAUCACCUUUGACGACGAAUGAACCAAUCAAAAGAAGAACCAGAUCACCACAUAGUCAUGUGACUGGUACUGAUGGAUCUGAUUGGUUUGUCAGUGGUGGUAGUUCUGGGGGUAGUGCAGUUGCAGUGGCAACAGGCACAGCCUUUGUUACCGUUAAAAAUUUACAUAUAGGUAUUCCAAAGGAGUAUUAUGCCCCAUCUUUAUCAGAUGAUGUUAUCGAAUCGUGGAAGAGAGCGGCCGAUUUGUUUGACAACGCAGGGGCUAAAGUGAGUGAAGUGAGUCUACCAAAUACACAAUAUUCAAUUGUAUGUUACUCAGUACUAUGUGCUACAGAAGUGGCAUCCAAUAUGGCACGCUAUGACGGAAUUGAAUUUGGUCAUCGUGCUGAUGUGAACCGUUCAGUGGAGGAAUUGUUUUCUGAGACGAGGCAUGAAGGUUUUAAUGAUGUGGUUAGAGGCAGAAUACUGGCUGGCAAUUAUUUUCUUCUUAAAGGGAUGUAUGAGAAAUAUUACUUAAAAGCUCAGAAGAUACGUAGAUUAAUAAGUGACGAUUUUAUAAAUGUUUUUAACAGUGGUGUGGAUAUUUUAUUAACCCCAACAACCAUUAGUGAUGCACCAACGUAUAAAGACUUUAACGUUGAUCAUAGAAAACAGUCUGAACAACAAGAUGUACUAACACAACCAAUAAAUAUGGCUGGUGUGCCUGCAGUCACUGUUCCUGCAUAUUUAUCAUCAUCUGGACUUCCCAUUGGUUUGCAAUUCAUAGGUCAAAGGUAUCAGGAUUACAAAAUGUUGCAAGUUGCCAAAAGGUUUGAACAAGAAGUUAGUUUUCAAAGAUUAGAUUUAUCAACAGUUCUUGAAGAGGAUCUCUGA